AUGAAGUCCUACGUCGUCCUCGCCGCUGUUGGCGCCAUCAUCGGCGCUGCUGUCAACGGCAUGCCCGUUCUUGACAACCACGCCGCUGUCGGCGUCACCAACGCCCAGGGUUCCGCCCAGGCUGUGGUCACUGGCAUCGAGCACAACAUUCACCACAAUGUUGUCAUCAACAGCUCUAUUGAGAACGCCGCUGUGGUCAACACCGAUCUGGUCGUCCAUGACACCAAGUCCAAAACUGCUGGUCUUCAGCACCCGGUCAUCACCCUGACCUCUUGCACUGUGGUCCACUCGCCGACUCGCGCCGAUUGGGACUUCUGCCGCUACAUCAAGACCACUCUCUCUGACCUCACUGUUGCCAACAAGACCACUCUUGAGCAGGCCAUGAACGCCGCUAUCGCUACUGCUACUCCCACCAUCACCGCCGCUCCUUCCACUGGCACUGUCAUCUCUACUCCCGCUGAGCAUACCACCAGCAUGGGCAUCGACGACAUGAUCUCCAGCUGGUGCGCUACUGCCACCCGCUCCGAUGGCUCCAAGCCCUACAUCUGCACUGUCUCGAUCAACCACCACGCGGACCCAACCCACUCCUACUCCUACAAGUCCUAUGUCUCUCCCACCUACGUGGGUGGAAUCAUCGAGUUGACCACCGUUACCGAUGAUAUCACCUCCAGCAAGACCACCCAGUCCAACACCUCCACGACUCCCAUUAUCGAGUUGACCACCAUUACCGACGACAUCUUCCCCGGCAUGGCCACUUCGACCACCUUGGCUCCUCUUGCCACCUCGUCUACUGAGAUUGAGUACACCUAUGCCAACAAGGAGCUCGACCAGCCCACCGUGACUCAGACUAUCUACGUCUAA